GGCUCAGUGGAGCUGCAGACCUCCAUGGCAGAGCACCUCCAGGGUGCGUGGAGGAAACUUCCUUUGUCUAAAAGGUUCUUUUUAUUUGAUUUGAUUUGAUUUUUUUUUAAAGUUUCUCUUUUUAUUCGCCGUCAUGUUUGUCCCACUGGAGCCACGAGGCGGUGACGCACUGAGGAGCGGAGCUGGAGGUUGAUAAGCAGCGGAGGAGGAGGAGGAACAUGGGACGAGUGGUGGUUCUUUAACGUUUCCCAAUAUCUCCAAACACAUCGAGGAGGAGGAGAGUUGUCACCUCCGCACACCCCCCUUGUCUCCGCGAGGGAGCGGUGGAACACCGAUGCCGAUCUGCCCUCCUGCGAUUGGCUGGAGCGAUGGCCGUCACCAAGGAGCAGAGGCUCGGAGGAAGCAGGAGGACGUCCGGGGACGCGGUCCCACCGGAGGGCGGCUGGGGCUGGAUGGUCGUGGCCGGUUGUUUCCUCGCCACCAUCUGCAUCCGGGCCGUCACCAGAUGUGUCUCCAUGUUCUUCGUGGAGUUCCAGCUGCACUUUGACAAGGAUUACUCCACCACCGCCUGGAUCCACAGUCUGAUCGACUCCACCACCAUGCUCUGUGCUCCUCUGGGCGGUUUCCUCGCGAGCCGCCUGUCGUGCAGAGCCACCGUGAUGCUGGGGGGUCUGCUGUCCGCCGCGGGGCUCGUCCUCAGCUCCUUCGCCUCCAGCCUGGAAUAUCUCUACGCCUUCCUGGGCAUCCUCACAGGUCUCGGCUUUGCUCUCAGCUACACACCAGCCAUAGCGAUGGUUGGGAGGUACUUCAAUGAGAGGAAAGCUCUGGCCUAUGGCAUCGCCCUGUCUGGUAGCGGCAUUGGCACCUUCGUCCUGGCUCCUGUGGUCCAGCUGCUGAUAGAGAACUACUCGUGGAGAGGAGCUCUGCUCAUCCUGGGGGGAUUCGUGUCCAACCUGUGUGUCUGCGGCGCUCUGAUGCGGUCGCCGGAGCCGGGAGGUGAAGGGAUGUCGGAGGACAGCCUGACCGACCUGGAGCGAGAUUGCGUGGCAACAAUGGCGGAUUGCAAAGACGCGGGACGAGCGCCCGCCGAUUGCGGCCGAGCGGCGGCGCCCGCCACGCAGCUGGAAAUCAACAACUUGAAGAACACUCAGGGGCUGCUCAUAUCCAGGGGGAUGCUCAAAAACAUUGCGCUCGGAAGCGACAAGCCGGCCGAGAGGAAGCUAGUGCUGCUGUCGAGCCCGGCGGACAUGACGAUCGCCGAAUGCAUCCUGUUCAGCAACAAGCUGACGGAGUCGGUGCUGGGGGAGAUGAAGCGCUCGGAUUCCAAAUUUGCCAACGGCAGCACGAUCGAGGACAUGAAGCUGGUGGAGAGCAUGAUCUUGAGCAGCAAGUCAGCUGACAAGGGCGUGAAGAUGGAAGACUCCGGACUCACUGAAGCCAAAGAAACCGAUGUCGGUCACUUUGGCGACGCAGUUAGCCCUCGUCCUCCUCCUCCUCCUCUGCGACCUUCAUCCAGAGGUCGCUGUUUUGGCGAGGAGUUUGGGUUCCUCGUGGCGCCCGACUUCUUGAUCCUGUCCGUGGCCUUCCUGUUUCUGGCGUACGGCUGCAGCGCUCCGGUCGUCUACCUGGUUCCCUACGCCCUCAGCGUGGGCGUGGAGCACCAGCACGCCGCCUUCCUCGUGUCCAUAUUCGGAGUCAGCGGCAUUCUGGGGAACAUCACCUUCGGAUGGAUCACGGACAGGAAGUGUCUGAAGAGGUACCGCAUGCUGAGCUUCAUGCUGGCGAUCGGCAUGGAGGGCCUCUGCUGCAUGUUCAUCCCCCUCCUUCACUCCUUCUCGCUCCUCGUCCCGUUCGCCGUGCUCUACGGCUACUUUGACGGCGCCUACGUCGUGCUCAUACCGGUGGUGACCUCCGACAUCGUGGGCUCCACCAAUCUCCCCUCGGGUCUGGGCGUGGUCUACUUCCUGCACGCCAUCCCCUACCUGAUCAGCCCACCGAUAGGAGGUUGGUUAGUCGACGUGACGGGCAACUACGUGGCCACCUUCUUCCUCAGCGGCGCCUGCUUCAUGUGCAGCUCCGUGGUGCUGAUAGCCACCAUGUUGGUCAGACGCUGCCGGAGGUCCAAGUCUGACUUGGCCGCACAUUUAUACCCACAUCUCUCUGCUGCCGAGGCCGCCGCCGAUCGGCAGGGAAUCAUAUGACGAGCCGGUCGUGAUGCAGCUUCUCCACUUCUGGACUGUGGGUUUACAAAGAAUUAAGUCAUGGUGCAAUUUUUUGGGCAUUAAAACCUUAGAUCUCAGGUUCAGCAUUUAACGGUGAAGACGAACCGAAGCUGAAGAACCUGUUUUUAGUUUUUUAAGGAAACUGCUUUUAUUGUUUAUAUGUGGAUAUUCUGUUUUGUGAAAAAAAAAAACGACCGCACAAACCAAGGAUGCCAUAAAUAUUCACCGGCUUUAGUGAGAUUUCCAAUAAUGUGGAGAUGCACAAAACCUUCUUCUCACCACUGUAAUAUAUGGACCACUUAUUUAAUUCAAACUGUUGAUUUUAAAAGAUAGUUUUUCUAAACCUUUUUUACUUUCCUGGUGCUUUUUAAAAGGCUGCUGACCAAAUACAAUGGUUCAGGUGACAGACAGAGAAAUUCAAUGCUUCUUCUCAAUUAACAAUCGUCUAGUUUUUGUAUUUGUCAUCAAGUUUGCUUGACUGUAUCAAUGUGAAAAACAAAUAUUAAUUUCCAUACCUGAACGUUCACCUUGCCUGCGAUGUGCCUUAAAUCAACAUACAUUAAUUUGAUUAUGCAUAACAACACAUAUGAAAACAUAUCAAGACAUUUCAAGCAAGGAUAAUGUGCUGAUGUAUGCGGAUCAGGCCGACACAUGGUAAGUGAGCUUGUGUCUUAAACAGAAACUGUAAUGCACAACAAUAUUUUAUAUUCAGUAUUAUUUACAAACCUUUUGUGCAAUAUCCAAACCCCUUGCAGGGUUUCAUAUCAUGUAGCAAUAUCUGAAGAAAAAAAAUGUCAAAAAUAUAAAAUGAAGUCUGCACCGACCGAAGUUUGAUGCAUUCUGAAUAUAUAUCAAAAGAAGUAAUGGUGCCUGUGACUUAUGGCAAAUUAUGAAAAAAAAAAAAUGUGAUCCUCUGUUUUACACUGUACGUUUGUGCUUUACGUUUUGUGCUGAUCGAAUCAUGACACGACUCGUAAAAAUAAAAGAUCUUCCGGCAAUAUCUGUAAACAUCAUUUAGCUGAGUGUGUUCGUCAUUAUAUUGAAUUGUAUGAAUGGAAUUUGACAACUAUGAACAGUAGAAGUAGUAUUAGAAGUAGUGGAACUAUAUAAUGUGAGCGAUGAUGUUGAGAUUGGCGGAAAGAUAUGAUGAUGCAAGAUGUGACGUACCCAUGGGAUGUACCACUUCCGGCAGGGGGGGGGGGUCCACGCAUAGACUUUAAAUAAAUACGUUUGUUUUUUAUGAUUAAAACAACGUAUUUAUUGUUGAUUCGGAUAUUAAACUUGUUAUUAAUUACACAGACAAAUCUAUUCCGGUUACCUUGCUUUACACAUAAGCGCGAAAGUAAGUUUAUGAGAAAACCGGUAGUAGUUACCUUUAGCCAAUAAGACGACAGCAUUUGUGUGACGUCAUUGGGCGCGUACGAUAAGCGGCUUUUGAACAGGUGUUGAGCCGAAUUCUGCUUCACGGUCAAUACGUGUGUUUUAAUUGAAUUAAAUCCGAAAACAACCUUAUUUCUAGAGCCAACACGUCCUUCAUGUUUCUGAACAUCACCCGGGAAACAGUCGACACGAUGUUUACUCACUUCCGCAGCAGCAGCAGCGGCAGUGACGGAGGCAAAAAAACGGAGCUCCAGAUGUAGCUAACUCACCCACAACCAGAUGUGCAUAACUCCGGAAGUAAACAAAGAGUCCUGCUACAGAUGUUGAUCUGAGAACUGAGCUCAACACCAUGGGAUCACAUGAAGAGAAACUGUGGAAAGUGCUUGGAGCAGUGAACCUGCCAACCUGUUUUUCAAAAAACUGGACGCAAAUACCAACGAAGAACUGGUGCUGUUGUAAAGGCUUAAAGAUGGUGGUCUCACCAAAUGCAGUUUGUCAUCGACCAUCGCUGUACCAACGUCCUGAAGGAGUGUAGCAGCAGCAGCAGCAGCGGCAGCGGCAGCAGCAGCAGCUCCCAGGCCAGCUGACACUCAGCUCCUCUCGCUCAGCUCAUCGGGUGUGCAGAGCUGCAAUGUGUCUCCAGUCUGGCGCUGUGAGGAGGUAACGGUGCUGAGCCAGACCUCUAAUGUCACAUGAAAGAGAGUGAGAGAGCAUGUGUUUGUGUGUUUCAGACUGAAGUUUCCACUGUGUAGGUGGAUGCGUGGGAGGGAGACGGAGGAGGAGUUUCCUCUGAGGUUGGCAUCCCCGAAUCACAGUAAGAAAGAAAAAAAGAAAAGGACUUCCCCUGUUUCUUGUGUGUGUGUAAGUGUGUGUGUGUGUGUGUGUGUGUCACACACCACAUCACUCGCAAAAACACGUCUCUGUGGGAUGACAAACGCACUACGAAACAUCAGACGCUCAUGAGGAAGCACCGAUGAAAAGGACCCACGUCGACACUUCCACUAACUUGUGUCUCGACACAUGAAAUGAUGGCAGUAGCUCACAGAGUGCAACAGAUCAGAAGUCAAGAGUCACGAGGCCACAUCUGGUAACAGAUGUUGAUUCAAUCACACCAGCAUCAGCCUGAAAGAUACAAGAGAGAAGGAGACGGCAGCUUUGAUGGCCCCCUGUGUGAGCUGUUGAACGCUGCCUUGCUGAAGAGGACUGCACCUCGUUAACAUUUACAAAGGCAGGUAGAGGAAACCCAAAGUUCUCAUUUUGAGUCAACCCACCAUCUCGAUGGAAACUUCACACACAUACAGACAGACACUGCGCAUGACAGAACUCUGAUGUGUGUGUGCAUCCUUCAGUUUUUUGAAACCGGACAUAAAAAUUGGGGGCGGUUCUGACUGAGAGCUGCACACCCACCUACACCUCCAACCAUGACCCGAUUGGACGGACCAGUUGUCCAGUGAGUCGCCCUCUGCUGAUGACUCCAUAGAAUGCUGGCUUCAGACACUUCUGCAUUGGCUUCAUACCCACAGGGGAUCUGCAUCUACACUGACGUGCUGCACGGCCCAGACGCAAAUAUACUACAACAACAACCACAGACGGAUUCUCCAGCUGUACUGGCGUUGUCUGAAAGUCUGCACCGACCAAUAAUCAGUUGUGUGGAUCCGACGACUUCUCAGAAGGCCCUUGACAAUACUCAUGCCAAGUGUGACGCAGAUCCAUCAGCCUGAUAGUCACACACUGUACCUCACACAGCAGUGUCUCCAGCAGAGGUCACUGUAUUUCCGCAAGAAACAUGAAUAUGACAUCGGCUGAGGAUGAUUCAUAACUGCAACUGCAGCUCACACUGGGCUCUGCUUUCAUCGCAGCAGUCAUAGUACAA